AUGAUAUUACAGGCUCGUGAACAAGCUGUUAGAUCUAUGGUAUGGAGUUACAAUGAGAACUGGAUGGUUACUGGGGAUGAUGGUGGCUCCAUAAAGUAUUGGCAAAAUAAUAUGAACAAUGUGAAAGCCAAUAAAUCUGCACAUCGAGAAUCAGUCCGUGGCUUAAGCUUCUGCAGGACAGAUUUGAAGUUCUGCUCCUGUUCUGAUGACACUACCGUGAAAGUAUGGGACUUUGCCAGGUGCCAAGAGGAGAGCUCAUUGUCUGGCCAUGGUUGGGAUGUAAAAUGCGUCGACUGGCAUCCAACUAAGUCCUUAUUGGUCUCUGGUGGUAAAGACAACCUUGUCAAACUCUGGGAUGCUAAGUCGGGGAAAGAGCUCUGCUCAUUUCAUGGGCACAAAAAUACAGUUCUUUGCACGACAUGGAAUCAAAAUGGUAACUGGGUUUUAACUGCUUCAAAGGAUCAAAUUAUCAAGCUUUAUGAUAUAAGGGCAAUGAAGGAGCUUGAGUCUUUCCGCGGACAUAGGAAGGAUGUCACUGCACUGGCUUGGCACCCAUUUCAUGAAGAAUACUUUGUUAGUGGGAGUUUUGACGGAUCAAUUUUCCACUGGCUAGUUGGGCACGAAGAUCCCCAGGUUGAGAUACAAAAUGCACAUGAUAAUAGUGUUUGGGACCUCGCUUGGCAUCCUAUUGGAUAUAUUCUUUGCAGUGGUGGCAAUGAUCAUGCUACCAAAUUUUGGUGUAGAAACAGGCCUGGGGAUGCUGCUCGUGAUAAAUUCAACAUUGGGGCAAACCGAGGUUUUGGUGAGCAAAACCCUGCUGUGGGAGGUCGCAUACAAGGUCAAUUCCCAAUGCCUGUGCCCCCCACAAUUCCUGGACCAUUUGGAGCUGGUUUGACACGAAAUGAGGGAACAAUCCCAGGGGUUGGAGUUGCAAUGCCCCUAUCUUCUCUUGACUCGUCUGCUCAAGGAGAGCAGAAACUACCUAUGUCUUUAGGAGCUCCUCCUCUUCCUCCUGGUCCACAUCCAUCUCUCCUUUCGGGCAAUCAACAGCAGCCUUAUCAACAAAAUUCUCCACAACAGCAUCAAUCCCUACCUCAGCAAAAUUCCUCUAUGCCAUUGCCACCUAAUAUGUCUCAGCUACAACCUCCUUCCCAUUUACAUAUGUUACAACAUCCUCAUUUACCUCGCCCUCCACCCCAGCUACAACCACAUAAUAUGCCUUCAAAUAUCCCAUCUUCAAUUCCAGGAUCUCUGUCCAUCCAAUCAAUGCCCAUGCCUGGUCCUAUGGGGAUACAAGGUGGUAUGAAUCAGAUGGUUCCUCCAUCACCUCAAGGUCACUUUAUGGGCAUGAAUCCCAUGCCUUCUGGAUCUGGACCACAAGGAAAUAUGCCUCCAGGUGGAAUUCCAAAUGGGAUGCCAAAUAUGCAGGGUCCUCCUAAUGCAAGUGGCAAUCAAAUGUACCCCCCAGGUGGUGGCUUCGGCAGGCUGCAAGCUGGACAGAUGCCGAUGAUGCCGGGACUUAAUCCUUACCAGUCUGGAAAUACAAAUGCUCCUGGAAUGCCAUCGAAUUUUGGUCUUUCAUCCGGGACUCCUCCACUGCCUCCAGGUCCCCCACCACACGGUCAACCACAUCAGUAG